UACUCAAAUUCAACCUCAGUCAGCCAACCAUUAUCGACCACGCGUCGCUAUACCUCCUACAGAUCUCAAACGAUUUCUUGGAAAGCCCUACGGAUACUCCAAUUGGAACACUUCCGGAAUUCCACGGGCUCCAGGCUUCUCUCAGGCUAGGAUGGACACAUUUUUCAAUUGGUGAAAUGUCAUUAUUUCUGUGAACAAUACCUUUAUCUGGAUUUAUACUACUGUUGAACUGCAGGAUAUCUAGACAGAUUGUUGCUGCAAAUAGGGACCAACCUUAUUGAAAUCAAAUAUCUGUUUGAAAUACGUCAACAUGAAGUUCUUGGAAUACACUCCUUUGGAUCGUAUAAAUGAUUUCUUAAGUCAUGUAAAUCUUGGGGAGCGAACCAUUAAAGGAUGCCUUGAGGCCUAUUCCUGCAAACAUACGGGAACUGAUAAAAAACUGUCUCUCAGUUUGGAGUAUGAGAUUCUUGAUUAUCUUGGAAAAUCUUCAGAUACCGAAUCUUCUUCACCGGCCGAAUUUCUGUGCAGCAGAUCCAGCCGAAAGACAUUGGUAUACCUGGUUCUUACCCUGUAUCACAUGUAUCCAGAUUAUGACUUCAGUGCGGUGAAAGCUCACCACUUUUUCACAGAGGAAAGCUGGGACAGUUUUAAGCAGAUAUUUGAUGCCUACAUGUUUGAAUCAUCAAAGGAAUGGAUUGAGGCAAAUGGGGUCUCCCUGCUGGAGAGCUUGUACAAGGCUCUGGAUGAGGUUGUAAAACUAGCAGAAUGUGACAUAUAUAGUUACAAUCCGGACUCUGAUGCAGACCCAUUUUUAGAGAGGGGAGCCAUAUGGUCAUUCAAUUUCUUCUUCUAUAAUAGAAAGCUAAAACGUGUUGUGAGCUUCCGAUUCUGCUGUCUUAGUAACUUGAUGGCUGAGGGAUUUCUCAUAGAUGAGUUCUGUAACGAGGAAGAUGGGGAAAUAUUUGAUGAUAUGGACAUGUGAGUACUGCCCUGAGUAUGAUGUUAAUGUUGUCAACACCCCCUAUAUUCUAAUGUGGUUAGUGCAGCUUUAAACCUUGUUGACCCUGCAAGGACUAAGUGGUAGUUGUAGCUUCUCUCCUUCUGUGCAUACAAUUACUACACUCGUAGUUUAGAAGUCUCUAUUGUAAAAAAUUUAUUUCCAUAGGAUUCCCUGUGUAUGUUAUGAAAAUAUGAAUGUAAUUAUGUCAGUCAGACUGAAGUCUAGCUUGUGAAAAUAUCUAAGGUGAGUGAUGCUUCUAUGGCAAAGACAUUGAUUUUCUUCUCUGUUUCCUUAAA